AUGUCCCUCACAUUGGGGGUCGGUGGGAAGAAUGUCCCUUACAUUGGUGUCAGUGGGAAGAAUGUCCCUUACAUUGGGGGUUCAGUCCGUCAGUGGGAAGAAUGUCCCUUACAUUGGGGGUCAGUGGGAAGAAUGUCCCUUACAUUGGUGAUCAGUGGGAAGAAUGUCCCUUACAUUGGGGGUCAGUGGGAAGAAUGUCCCUUACAUUGGUGUCAGUGGGAAGAAUGUCCCUCACAUUGGGGGUCGGUGGGAAGAAUGUCCCUCACAUUGGGGGUCGGUGGGGAAGAAUGUCCCUCACAUUGGGGGUCGGUGGGAAGAAUGUCCCUCACAUUGGGGGUCGGUGGGAAGAAUGUCCCUCACAUUGGGGUCGGUGGGAAGAAUGUCCCUCACAUUGGUGGUCGGUGGGAAGAAUGUCCCUCACAUUGGGGUCGGUGGGAAGAAUGUCCCUCACAUUGGGGGUCGGUGGGAAGAAUGUCCCUCACAUUGGGGGUCGGUGGGAAGAAUGUCCCUCACAUUGGGGGUCGGUGGGAAGAAUGUCCCUCACAUUGGGGGUCGGUGGGAAGAAUGUCCCUCACAUUGGGGGUCGGUGGGAAGAAUGUCCCU